AACGCCCAAGUUGGGCCGUCGUCUCUCUAUAUAUCUGAAGAUUAAUGCAUCGAACUCUCAAGCUCAACACGAUUCUUACGCAAGAAAGCAUAAACCAUACCUUGAGAAGCCGCCCGCAAAUGGCAAUGGCUACCAACAUUUGUGCCAGAAUCCCCGCAUCCCUCCUUGCCCGAUCUCUCUCCACCUCCUCCUCCCUCACCGAGAAGCUCCCGGAGGCUCCGUCGAACCCGGUCAUCGACCUCUCCGACACCCAGCGCCUCUUCGCCUCCGUCCCCACCGCCUCCCUCCUCCACUCCCUCGCUAACCUAUCCGCCAUGGCCGCCGGCUCCCUUGUCGACGUGGGCGUCGCGGUUCUGCGAGCCGCCUUGGCGUCGGAGGGGAAGCUCCUCCGGGCCGCCGCCAUCGGGGCCGCAAGGGCGACGGUGCACCGCCACUUCUGCGCCGGCGAGGGGUUCGAGGACGCGGGCCGCACCGUCACGGGGAUGUGGGAGGAGCAGCGGCUGCGCUCGAUCCUGGACUACGGUAUGGAGGACGCCGAGGACGGCGCAGCCUGCGCCCGCAACCUUGCCGGCUUCCUGCGGACGGUCGAGAUGGCGUCGUCGCUCCCGCCCUCCUCCGCAAGUGUAUGCGUAAAGAUCACAGCAAUUUGCCCCAUCUCGUUGCUGGAGAGAGUCAGUGAUCUGCUAAGGUGGGAGCUACAAGACCCUACUCUGCAACUUCCGUGGAAGACCAAUUCGAUUCCUGUUCUCUGCGACUCCAGCCCCCUUUACCUCACACGUUCAGCGCCAGAUCCUCUAACUGAGAUGGAAGAGUGCGACCUCCAAUUGGCCUCGCAGAGGCUGUCCAAGAUCUGCGAACGAUGCACAGAAGCCAACAUCCCGCUGCUGAUCGACGCAGAGUACACCUCGGUGCAGCCCGCGAUUGAUUACUUCACGUAUGCAGCAGCGGUACGAUUCAAUCAUGGCGACCACCCUAUCGUCUUCGGAACUAUCCAGGCUUACCUGAGGGACUCCAAGGAGAGGAUGGUGAACGCCGUCCGAGCUGCGGAGCGAGAGGGGGUUUCUUUGGGGAUCAAGCUAGUGAGAGGGGCUUAUAUGACAAGAGAGACCAAGUUGGCAUCAUCCUUGGGCGCGCCGUCGCCUGUUCAUCCGAGCAUCCAAGAAACGCACGAUUGCUUUAAUAGUUGUUCUUCCUUCAUGCUCGAAAAGGUCAGCAGGAGAUCCGGUGCAGUCGUCCUUGCCACCCACAAUGUUCAAUCCGGACAACUUGCUGCAAAAAAGGCAAUGGAAUUGGGAAUUGGAAGGGAUGACCACAAACUGCAGUUUGCGCAGCUCAUGGGAAUGGCAGAUGGGCUCACACAUGGACUCAGGAAUGCUGGUUUCCAAGUGAGCAAGUACGUGCCAUUUGGGCCAGUGGAGCAGGUCAUGCCUUACCUCCUCAGGAGAGCCGAAGAGAACCGAGGACUCCUUUGCACCUCCACAGUCGACAGACAGCUCAAAAGGUUUAUGAUCUCAAGUCAUUGCACAACCUUAUCGCAUUUACUUUGUCCAGCUUCAAGCUUGUAAAACAUCACAUUGCCAUGUUUUCUCCAGGAAGGAGAUGUUCAGAAGACUUGCUACUGCAGUUGCUUGGAGGACUUAAUAUCUCACUCAAAUCAACAUUCUCAGAGUUCAAACAGUAUAAUUUUACUAUAUUUAACUCACAUUGCUAAAUGAAGCCGGUCAAUACUAUAUUUCGCAAGAUUUUGCUAGAUGAGAUCUUGGGUUGAUGACAAUAUUUCUCCUCACCUUGUUCUCAAUUCAAUCUUAGUUACUAAUUCGUUACAUGAUAUAUAUUUACCUUCUUAUAGGUGACUGUAGGGAGCUUCAUAUAUGCCGGAUCAAAGUCAAAAGCCAGCAACCUGUACAAGUGUAGAAUCUGAACCUGAGGCUGGAGAUAAACCAAAGUACCCCACACAGUACACUUUCCAGUCAAAACCUUGACCCGUCCUCGGUCAUCAGCGGUUGACCUUCAAAGUUGGAUCCAAGGAACGCUAAUGUCGACGUUGACUUUACGCGAGGGUUGCUCUUAAUCGUUACGAGCCAGAAUGGUGGUGUUCAUAUGGGUCAUCAAGUAGCAACGCUCCAUGAAGCCUGCAGAAUUGGCCAUUAAAUCUCAGAGCUUUCGGUAACUAACACGCUGCGACCAACAGAUCGACUUCACUGCUGUCCUAAAAGAAUCUGGAGCUGCUUGUAUCUGUUUAAGCUUGCAGUGAUACUGCUGCAACUUGUAAUUGAUGAUGGCAUUGUGCUGUUGUUGUGGUGAACGAGAGCUUCCAGCUUCAUGUUGCUACUUGGCCUGAUGGUGCUUUUCCUUGCAUACGUUGGCUUUUAGAACUGGAUUGGAUGAGCCUUUGGAAAUGUACAACUCAGUUAAUUUGCAUGGCCGGCAAACGUUUAAGUCGCAUCGUCUGAGAAAGAUCAAACUGUUCAUGUUGAUUCGAGUUAUCAACAGGCUUGAAUUGCCAACGAGUAGUGGCAGUGUUGCGUUCAUAAUAAAUUAUCUGAUUUCAUGCUUAAAUAAUAGAAUUUGAUACGUAGAACAGAAUCUGGUCAAACCGUGGACCAGAAAAGUCGGCGUU